AUGUUGUUCGCUAAGACAAAGAUGGGACGAGCUCGUCAAGGCGAGCCGCCGCUAACGCAAAAGAACACGGAUCGACGCUAUUACUCAAUAAUAGUUUUGACCAAGUUGGAUGACACGAAAGUUUAUGUAAUCGGCGGUCUCGUCGACCAUAACAGUCAAAAAGGCCUCUGCUUUGAACAGGCUGUCAAAAAUCGCUACGAUCAUGCUCGUCUUCCAAUCGAUGAAUUUGUUGAGAAAACUCCAAGUUAG